UUUCCUAGAUUUUUCCCUCUAGCUGAGCAACAGAUACACCGAGAAACAUGCCUGAGCAAAGCAAUGAUUACAGGGUGGUUGUGUUUGGAGCUGGAGGAGUGGGCAAAAGUUCCUUGGUCUUAAGAUUUGUGAAGGGUACAUUCAGAGAGAGCUACAUCCCUACAAUUGAAGACACCUAUCGGCAGGUGAUCAGCUGUGACAAGAGCAUAUGCACUUUGCAGAUAACUGACACUACAGGGAGCCAUCAAUUUCCAGCCAUGCAACGUCUUUCUAUUUCUAAAGGACAUGCUUUCAUUUUGGUUUAUUCUAUCACCAGCAGACAAUCCUUGGAGGAACUCAAACCGAUCUAUGAACAAAUAUGUCAGAUUAAAGGAGACGUAGAAAGUAUUCCAAUAAUGUUGGUGGGGAACAAAAAUGAUGAGAACCAAAAUCGAGAGGUGGACAGCAGCGAAGGAGAAGCCAUGGCUAAGAAGUGGAAAUGUGCCUUCAUGGAGACUUCUGCCAAGCUGAAUCACAAUGUGAAAGAGUUAUUCCAAGAACUGCUAAACCUAGAGAAACGCAGGACUGUGAGUUUACAAAUUGAUGGCAAAAAAAGCAAGCAGCAGAAAAGGAAAGAGAAGCUGAAAGGCAAAUGUGUGGUGAUGUGAAAUGGCACUGUCAGAAGUCAGUCAUACAGUCUCACCUGUCUGACAAUACCCAUGUAAAACCUAUAGACAGCAAACAACCAUGCAAGACCCUGUUUAUUAAUACCUGUUUUAAAAUAAAUAUUUGGAAAUUGAAACAAUGAGUUACUGUGGUUACCAUGAAAAAAGCCAACAAUUAAAAAAUAAUGUACUUUAGCUAUCAGAGAAAAA